CCCGCUCGGAUUGUGGUAUCGAAAAUGUAUAUGCAAUACUAUAAAGACACGAUCCGGCGAAAUCGUCGUGUAUAUGCUGUUAUUGCUUGCUUGUUAAAUAUGUCUGAAAAUUUAGCUUUGCUAAGUUUAUCGUUGUGGACAUCCAUGGACAACUAUCGGAUUCAUAGAAACUCCUUCGUUGUUUUUAUUGCAUGCAGUGAGUUUUAUAUGCUUAUUUCUUAUUUUCUCAACAAAAAUGGCCGUAAAGCACCACUCUUACCGAUGGAAGAAAAAUCAUUGAUGUACAAAAGAAAUUUAUUUAUAACAAACGUCACUGCAUUUAUUUUAGCCGGCUAUUGUUUCCUGCGGCAUAAUUCGUUGUGCGAGGCAGGCGUAUAUACUUUCUUUGCGCUUUUCGAGUAUAUUGUAGUGCUGACGAAUAUGGCUUACCAUAUGACUGCUUACUGGGACUUUCAUGCCAUGCAUGUUACUUUUGAUUGGGAGAGAGGACUUUAUUUAUCACAAUUUUAAUUAAAAUUACAUUGUAUUAGUAGAAUAAUUUAUGUACUAUUGUCGAAGCUUUGUGUUAGCUUUAAUGUAAUUUUAGGUCGGUACU